AUGGCAGAGGUAUCACCAUCCAGCAAAAAAGUCGAUGAUUUUCUAUCCAGUUUAUCUGAACUAUCCCAAGAGAGAUUACGAGAAGAUCAACAACGUCAAAGAAAUCUCGAACGUAACAUAAAUGAACUUCGCAGUAAACUGGGCAGUAUUUCUCCAUCUAAAUCAUCAGGAUUGGGGAAUGAACUGGUAUAUUCGGGUACAAAUUCACAAUAUGCAUCCACGAUACCAGAUUUGAAAUUUUCGAGAAAUCGUCCACCAGUACCAGUGAAAAGUUUUAACAUGGCAGCUAAUGAUGAUGAGGAGGAUGGGCCGCCUCUUCCUAGACGUCCUGCAAGAUAUGAGACUGAUGAUUCAAACCCUCCUGCUCUUCCUAGACGAAAGCAAGAACCAUCACUUGAUUUCUCAAUUGAUUUAAUUAACCCUAUCGCAAGAAAAUCUACUCCUCCACUUCCACCGAAAUCAAAACCUUCCAUUGCGAAAGCAGAUUUCAUCCCAUCCAAAGCGGGAGUCAACCCCGAAGCUGGUGGAUAUAGAUCUUUUUCAGAGAUUGAAAAGUUGAUAAAAGAAGAUGUGGCUGAAUUCGAGGGGAAUAGCAAAACCAAGACUCCUCCAGAAAAGACAAUAAAGAAUGUGAAUGCCGUUGAAAGCAAACCAGUUGAAGCUGAUAAACGGGCGCCACUUCCUCCAAGACCUGCGAAAAAGGCAGAUUGGUUAACUUCCUUAUCGAAUUCAAAUGUAAAUUCUAGUCCGUCGCCAAAGGUGAAUGAAGGCAAUAAUAAGUAUGUAAUGCCUCCUAAGAAGAAGGAUUGGUUAAGUUCGACAUUAGAAAAUCCCAAAACAACAAUUCAUCAUUAUGACAAUCUCAAUGAAGCAAAGCAGACGUCAUCAUCUAGACAAAAUAUCACAAUUCCUCCCAAGCCAGUCAAGAAGGCAGAUUGGUUGACUUCAUUGUCCAAUUCGAAAUUCAACUCACCAUCCAAACAUGAAGAAGAAGCAAACAAUAUGGAUGUACCAUUUAGGUCAUCUCCCAAGAAGAAAGAUUGGUUAACAUCCACAUUAGACAAUCGUAAAACCACGGUCACUCAACAAUCAGAUGACCUUGAACUGGAUAAUAAAACUACUGCUAACUUAUCUGGAUCGCCUUUGCUGCCAAAGAAAGGUGAUUGGUUAUCUUCAUUAUCCAAUUCAAAGCUGACAACUUCAACUCCUCAAAGUCAGGAAUUUUUAAGAAAAGGAGUGGUUCCUGUAGUUUUACCCAAACCAUCCAAACCUCAAAGUCGUGUUAAUCGUGCUCCUGAAGAAGCUGUGAGGGGCGAAGGUAAAGUAGUGAUCCCGCCAUUAAAGCCUGCAAAGAAGCCAACUCCAAAGAGUAUUGAUUCUACAUCAGAGGCAAGAGUGACAAACGAAGAAUUCAGAGAAAUAUUACAAAAGUUAAGAUCGGCAUCGCCUACCAGAGAGUCUCCAGCAUCCCCUGUAAAGGAUGAAAAGCAUGAACAUGAAACGAAAAGUUCAGAAAUUAAAGAAUUUGAGAAGAAGUUAACCAGCUUAAGGAAUCAAUCACCAACCAGGACCCCAAUUGUCAAAACUAAAGAUGAAACUGAAUUCAUAUCCAAAUUUGAGAAAUUAAAAUCUGGGGCUCCACCUCCAUUAAAACCAAAACCAAAAGCACAAAUUUAUUCCGAACAGCCUCCACCUGAAUUUCAAAAGCGAUUUGAAAAAAUCGUGAUAAAGGCUCCUCCGAAACCAUCAAAACCAAAUUCUGGAUCAUUACGAAAAUAUGAAGAAAAAGAUUCUGAAAUAUUACGUUCACAACUAAAGAGAUUAGGAUCUGUCAAACUGAAACCUUCAAACAAUAAUGAACGCGAAGAAAUUGAGGAGAAACUGAGAGUUAAAGAGACGGCGGAAUUACCAUUCCAACAACAAUUAGGGGCGAUCUUGUCAAGAGGACAUACAGUACCUAGUUUACAACCAAAGGGUAUUAGAAGAACAAGUACGGAUGUCGAUUCGGUUAAGGUUAAAAAAGCGGAUACUAAAGGCAGUGGCAAAUUGACACAUGCAAGUAAGGCAAGAGCCAAAGGUCCAAAGAGGAGAUUACCCAAGACAAUGUUGCAGAACUCGGAUAAUGAUAUUGCAAAAGAGCAAGAGACAAUGAAGCAUCCUUUGGCGACGACAGUUUCUACCAUUGAUGAUUAUAAGAAAGUAAAAAAAUCACCUCCACCAAUUAACAAACAUACAAAACCUAAAGAAGUUGGAGAUUUGAAACCCUCUAGAAUUAUUAGUGGUGAAGUAUUUUUAUAG